UCUCUGACGGAUCCAAUCAAACCCAAGAGCGGAAGCAGUCCUCUCCUGCUGUGUUCAGGUUGUUUUUGUGUGUGAUCGCGCUGCUUUCGUUCACGUGCUGGCUGGAAGUCCUCGGGGAGUGAUGGAUCGCAGCAGGUCUCGGGACAGAAUUAGCAGAGAGCAGAAAGAGAGCCGUAAGAAGAAGCGGAGACGGUCUUCAUCCACGUCCUCGUCCUCCUCUUCCUCCUCCAGCAGCAGCAGGAGCAGGAGCAGCGCCCGGAGAGACAAGUCCAAAGACAAAAAAGAACGAAGAAAGAAACGAAGGAGAAGUUCUUCCUCCUCCUCCUCCUCAUCCUCCUCUUCCUCCUCCAGCUCCUCCUCUUCAUCCAGCCCAGACAAGAGGAAGAAGAAAAAACGCAAGCACGGCAAACAGAAGAAAAAAAAGGACAAGAAAAAGAACAAGAACAAAGCCAAAAAGGAGAAGAAAAAAAAGAAGAAGGAAAAGAAGAAGAAGAGUGGCCCCUCCCUUCUGGUCAGUGGCCCCUCCCCUCCUGCCUGUGGCCCCUCCCCCCCUGCCUGUGGCCCCUCCCCCAUGGUCACUGGCCCCUCCCCUCUGGUCAGUGGGCCCCAGGCUGGAGCCUCGUCUCUGGAGGUGUGGCAGAGCGAAGACACUGCUGAGGAUUUUGGACCAGUGAUGACGGACGAGCAGAAGGCGCGGCUCUCCACCAAGAGGCCUAUGACCAAAGAGGAGUACGAGGCCCGGCAGAGCGUGAUCCGCCGCGUGCUCGACCCAGACACCGGACGCACCAGGCUGGUGAGAGGAGAGGGCGAGAUCAUUGAGGAAAUAGUGAGUCGGGAAAGACACAAAGAAAUCAACAAGCAGGCCACCAGCGGGGACGGGGCCACCUUCCAGAGGAGACUGGGCAGAGAAAUCUGUCCUCUGCAUUUGAAUCAUCCUGCAGCCAGUGCCAGCGGGCGACCGUCCGGCGGGUCCCUGGGCGCCGCUGCCAAACACUGAACCACUCAACUGUCACAACUGUCUGGACUGUGUGGAUGGACCUGCUCUACGGCUCUGCUGAGUGGAGCACAAAGUCGAGAUCUGUCCACCUCUGUCAGUGUCCACGUUAUGUCAAUGAUUUUUUACAUCUAAAGAAACUGUCUAGCCUGAGCUUUUACAGUUUUCAAAAUGAGAGAGAGAGAAAGAGAGGCCUUUUUGGUUUAAACCAGCUGGAUUUCAGCAUUGAAACUGGCAACACAAUGAAUGAAUCAGCAUUAGAAUUAUAAUUGAUUUGAACAUAUGUCUGUUAUGUGGAGGCACAGUUCAUGCUUGUAGAAUUUAAAAUCUUAAAAUACCGUAUUUUCCAGGCUAUUAGGCGCUCUGGAUUAUAAGGCGCACUGUCAUUAAAUGGUCUAUUUUUGAAUCUUUUUCACAAAUAAACCACACCGGACUUUAAAUGAAACACAACAGUGUGAUGGGUGACUUUGUUCAGUUGUGGCGUGUAGGGAGGGUGCUGUCUGGGACCAACGGAUUGUCGGCGUGUUCGCAGUGACUCAGUUGUUCAGUUGUGUCUAGAAGUGGCACAUUGCACUCGCUUUUUCGGUUCGUUCCUCCGUUCCGUUCCUCGUCAGGCGUGGAGUGUGACUGUGGGUGUGUUUCUCUGUGUGGUCGCUGUCUGCUCCGUGUGUGUUUGUGUGUUCUGUGGGUGGUGUGUGUUUGUAGUUUACUGAAGUGGUGCUGGGACACCUGAGUGGAUUCGUGUAUAGGGGCUCUGGAUUGUUGGGCGAGGUCGUUUUUUGACAGGGUUGGAAGCUUAAGAGCGUGUCUAAUAGCCCGGAAAAUACUGUACUGUUCCUUUAAUCUUGAAAAGUGUCCAUUAAAUGAAGAGAUGAGAUCACUCACAGGGGAAAGUAUAUUUUACAGCAUUUCAGUGAUGUUUAUUGUUUACUGAAGUUGUGUUUCUAAAGGUGAUUAUGUACUUUUUG